UACAAUUGAAGGCAGGUUUCUGACGAACAGUUUUGAAUCGAGCUAGAGCAAUGUCUGACACUGAAGUAGAGUCGCUGAACACUGUGUCUCCAUUGACUUUCAAGGAGAUUGUCGCCAACAUCAAAGACUGUGCCGCUGAAACUGCACAGACGCAGGAUUUUAUUGGAUUUUCAACCGUCUUGGAUUUGUAUCUUCAUGACUGGAAUGUGUACAGCGUUGAGGAACGUCUCGCACUAAUGGAGCUACUUUGCCAAAUCUUAGAUGAUGACAAGGAACUUUUAGCUGAAGUUGCAUGGGAUUUACCUCCUUUAUUGUUACCCUUCCUUGAUUGUGAGUGGCCAGUGAGGUUUGCAUUGAAAGAUACUGUUGAGGUGCCACUUGUUUGGAAGGCAUUCAAUUUACUUGCUACUUAUGGUAACCCUAAAGAAUUGCUUCUCACCUGUUGUGAGCAACUGGGCCAACUGGCCGAUCCUGUUGAGGAUGCUGCAACAAUUGAUGAGGCUGAGAUCAUAGAGAUCGAAACCAACAUGGAUGACUGGUACAAAACACAAUAUAACGAUCUGAGUUAUUUGAUCCAGGACUAUGUGACUGACUGGUCAAACCGCUGUGUCAUUAUUAAAUUUCAUACCCUUUUCCAAUGUAUCAAAUUCUGCGUCCAGAGGGUGAAAACAUUAUAUCCGUCAAAAUUUUUGAGUAUGGCAGUCUCUUCAAUAUUAAACUUCUUUAACUCAGCAGAGCACAUAUCGGGUGUGAUCUCAGUACAGAGAUCAUUAUAUAUAUUUCUUAGGGAUUAUAUUCCUCCGGAAAUUCCAGAUGAUACUCUCACUAGUGGGGAGAACACACCUGAAGAAUUAGCAAGAAUUUUUGAUGAUGAGUGCUACUUGCAAAGAAAAUUAAUAAGACUAUUGUUUGACUCAAUUGUUGAUAAGAUGGCUCGUGAUCAUCAUAGGGUUUUCAUAGCCAAGCUACUUCCAAAAUUAGGAUUUCCCAAAAUGGCGUCGGAAGAAUUAUUUUUCGAGCUAAUCAAUCGUCUGUUGUCACUGUCUUUAUCUUUAGAUAUUGACCUCUCUGGUUCUUUGGCCAAAGAAAUAAAGGAUGCGGCUUUUCUUUUUGAUGGAAGUGACAAUAAAGUAGAGUCCAGUGAGGAUAUUUUGAGUUUGGCAGUCUCUGCAUACAAUAAUUCUUCUUUCAGGAGCAAGGAACCAAAAGCUUUGCCGACUUCCACCACUUCUCUUGGCUUCCUUUACAUGUAUGCCAAAUACAUUGAAAACUGGAACAUAAGUAUACCAGAAAGCAUCAAGGUGCUUGACUUGAUCAAAGUUCAGUUAAAAAUGUUCAUACCUUACAUUGUAAACUCAAAACUUACCGAUUUGACAUCAGUUGGAUAUUUCAUGGUACUUACUAUUAUCAAAAUUGAAAAGAGCAAAGUAAUUGCAUCGAAAGAAGAGUUUGAAAUCAAAAAGGUUAAUUUACUGAUAAGGACUUACUUGCAAAACAUUUCAUCAAUAAUAUGUAGAUCUGAUAGCCUCAUAAUGGCCAAGUUGUAUUCAAAAUUCAUGAAGAAAUUCUUACAGCAUUUACCUGAAGAUAUAAGCUAUUCUUAUAUACUAGAUACAUUGACCAACUGUCCGUUUGAUGAAAAUGUAUUGUCAACAUUAACUAUCUUCAAAAACCUCAUUUCAAUGUCGAAAUUUGAUGAUGAAAAUUUAACAGCCGAUCUCAGUGAACUUUCGUUGGAUGGAAAAGAAAGUUCAAAAAAGAGUGCUUUGCCACCUCCGCUUCCUCAAAGAUCUGGUAAAGGUUUCAAAACCAGUUUUAUAAAUUUCACUAAACUUAGACAAGAUGAUUUUAUUAAUUUGGUUAAUGAGUGGACUGCAGCUACAUUUGAUUCCAAUGAAUCAAAUCUUGACGUAAUGAAAUCAAACCGGUUAUUGAGUUACCUUAAUUUCAUAAACUCUGUGAGAUUUGAAGACAAGCGGAAAUUGUUGUCAGUACUUAACAAUAUUGAAAAAUUAGCUUCUCAAGUUCAAAGCAAAGUUAAUGGUGAAACAGAUAAUAGUAUACCUGUGAUUAUUGAUCUUAUCAAAUUUGCUGUCAAUAAGGGCAAUAAGAUAUAUGGAGAUGGGUUGAAAGAAACGUGAUUUUUUUAUAGUAUUCUUAAAUAACC